AUGUCCUUCAUUAAUAAAAUCCUCUUCCCACUGCGGAAAAAGAAGAAAACAGAUGAAGGAAAACGAAAGCAAUCGACUCCAUCUUUUUGCGGCUCCUCCGGGACUUGUUAUGAAGCCAAAUUGAUAGCUGAAACUCAAAAUUUUUUGCAAACCAAGCCAGAUUGUUCGUUGAACGUGAGUCGUCUAAAAAGAAAGUUGCAUGAUAUCAAUUCCCCGGAAAAUAAUCCAAUGAAGAAUCAGAAAGGGAAAGAAAUAGUUGUGGAACUCGAAGAAUUAUCCUUCCCUAGAGCCACUAGUUAUCCACAGCCUGGUGAAUCUUCUAAUACAACCUGGUUUUGCAAAAUUUGCAUGGAACCAAAACCAGCUUCGAUGAUGUUUAAAGUGACCCGAUGUAAUCAUUCCUUCUGCUUUGCUUGCACUCGACGGCAUAUUGCGACGAACCUGAAGGACGAAAAUAAGAUAGAGGUAUGUUGUCCUGAGUCUAAUUGUCAAAGCUUGAUUACACCGAAAAAGUGUAAAUCAAUCCUGCCAUGGGAAGUGAUUUAUAGAUGGGAAAACACCUUGUAUUACUCUCAAACACCGCCAAUUCUGACAUUUGAUUGCCCUUUGGAGGAUUGCUCAGCUAAGAUAGUAGAUGAUGGAAAAGAUAUUGGUGUGGUUCAAUAUGAGUGCCCUGCAUGUCAUAGGAAAAUUUGUGCUGAGUGUAGAGAUUUCGUGCAUGAAGGUAUGGAUUGUGAUGCAUUUAAGGUAUUGGUCGAACGUGUGAUGGAGGAUGCAGAAGAGGAAAAACUUGACUGUGCAUUGUUGAAGCUUGCUGAGAAGGAAAAUUGGAAGAGGUGUCCUAAUUGCAAUGACUUUGCUGGAAAGACAGAAGGAUCUAACAAACUAGAAUGCUGGUGUAAGUACAAGUAUUGCUAUGAUUGCGGAUCAGAGUGGAGCGAAGAACACUCGUGUUUUAACUCUUGA